AUGGAUCAUGCUUCGAUAAGUGAUCUUGAUCCUUACAAAGAAUCAUUCCUAUUGGCUACAAGUGAUCCUACACAAAUUGAACAAUUACUUCUAGAUCACAUCAAUCGUUUGCAAGAUGAUCCUAAUUUUCAAGAAAUUAUGAAAGAUCCAGUGAAGUGUUUGUUUGAUCAACUCGAAGUUGAAUCAAAGUUGACGGAAAAGUUGGAAGAAUCGGUGAAACCAUUGAAGAAAGUUUGCAUAAUAUUUCACGGUGCACCUUUCACUGCUUACCAGGAAACAGCAUGCAGAAGUGCCAGAGCAUUAGAAAUUCCCGUGCUUUCUAUAGACACAGCUAUUUUAGAAAUAGCAGCUUUUGGCAAGAGCGAAUGUUCGGUCAAACUAAGACAAGCUAUCAAUGAAAUUUAUCAGGAUUAUACGACAAAAUUUUCGGAACACAGAAUUAAAAUUCUUGUUGAAAAAUUGGAAACAUCGAGAACGGAAACAACAUAUACGCAAAAGUCACGAUCUUCUCGUGGGAAAAGUAGAACACCAAGAACGGUGGAAACAUCGAAAUCUGGAAAAUGUGAUGAAGAUUUAAAAGACGAGGAAAGAUAUUUGCGUUGGUUUGAUAUGCCCGAACCUUUAGAAUCGUACAAAAAAUUAUUACAAACCGAAGAAACAUUGAUUUCGAUGGAUAUUUUCAGUCAAUACGAACACAAACUUCAAGCUAUUAAAUUACUGAAAUUAAUUCUUCCAGCACAUAUAAUCGCUGAAUCCGUUAAGGAUAAAAUAAAUUUUCAAGAAAGUGAAAAAAGUAGUAAAAAGAAACAAGAAGAAAGAGAAAGUCCUUUUCUCAAUAUCGAUACAAAUUUAUUAUCCGAAAUUAUCAGAAGAAGAUUGCGAAAGAGGUUUCGUUUUGCAAACUCUCCAAAAUGUUUUCAUUUCUGA